GUGGCCAUAUUGAACGACGCGACGGGCACUUUGGUUCAGGGCGCCCGACUCGACCCCACGGCGGCCGUGGGUCUAAUACUGGGCACCGGGAGUAACGCGUGUUAUAUCGAGCAAAUAGAUCGCGUAGAGUACUGGACAGAGAGGGAGGGCUGGCUCCGGGACGGGUACCGGGAGGUGAUCAUUGACAUGGAGUGCGGCGGCUUUGGCGACAACGGUGUGAUCGAUUGGGCCAAAACCAAGUAUGACCUGAGCCUAGACCGCGAGUCACUGUUUCCCCACUCUUACACGUUUGAGAAGCUGUUUGGCGGUAAGUUUUUGGGCGAUAUCGUGCGCCGAGUGCUCUUGGAUUUGGCCCAAAAUGGACUCGUAUUUGACGGCAAAGUCACCGAACAGUUGCGUACCGUUGAGUCGUUUACGGCCGCAGAUGUGUCCGCA